AUAUGCUAUAGCCAACCUACAUUUUCCUUUAGAAAAUCCCCUUUAUCUUUUAGUGUACAGCAGAAAUGUGUCUCUGACUGUUCCUUUGGAAAUGUGUUCCUUGGUUUGCAAUUUAUUUGCUUUGUUGCACAUGACUGGUGUACUAACUCAGGGCAUUAUGUCCAAAGGGAAGUACAUUAAAUGUGCCUUAGAAAUUAUUUAAAAUGUGACUACCAUAUUAAUACACAUUUAGGAACUAAGUAAAGCCAUCAACAUGCCUGGCAAGAUAAUGCGUUUAAAUCCGAAUAUUGUAUAUUGACCCAGUGGUCUCUAUUGGGCAGCGCUUUUGUGAAGCAAAUUUGCAUGUGAUCAGGGCACAAUUGCGCACCCUAUUUACAUACCUGUUCUGGGCACCACCUGUCGCAGCUGGUCGUAUUUGCCAUUCCAUAGAUUUGUUUUAGGUCAACGGCACAGUUAGAGGAGAUAUGGGAGUGGCAGCACAGAGUGUCACAAAUGGACAAAGCAGAGCAGAAAACCUUUCGUUUGACUUGACGUCUUGGUGGCGCCCCGACAUUAUAUCGACCUGUUUUUCAAACAGACAGAACGUUUGCAUCUCGACCGGACUCAGCUGUUUGUCGGUGCUUCUUUUGAUAAUAUCAUGUUUUAUGCUGGUAUGUCUGAGAUGCAGAGUACGGGGCAGGGAUUCUGGCAAGGAGGCAGCCUGUGCCCUCUACAGUUUCUUUGGCAAUUUGUGCAGCACCGUCGGGGCAUUUCUCUCCAAUCAGCUGGCUCUUCAGGUCAUAAUGGGUGGUUUUAUGGCAGCUGUGGAAGUUAUUAAUUUCAUCUCCAUCAUCUUCCCUAUAUGCUUGUGUUGGAACACCAGAGCAGAGAAGAGGCUGAGGAUGAUGAAGAGGAGGAGGAGGCAGAACUUCAUGGCCGUGUCUCUGCUGUUGAUGGUGGGUGGCUGGAGCUACCUAACCUCCAGGACCAGCCAUGGGCUUGUAGACAGACCUCUCACUGGGAGAAGACUUCUUCUCACUGACCUCCUGCAUGACCGCACUGAGGUCCUGGGUUACAUUCUUGGUUUGCUCUCUUUUGUGAUUGCCUGGACCUCCAAGUUCCCUGCCCUCUCCAGAGCACGCAGAGGGGAGCGUUCAAGGGCACACGUGUCCUCGGGGUUGCUGUGCUCUUUGGCCGGUGCCCUCUACACCUCGGCCAUAUUGCUCUACGACACCCAGUAUGAGUUUGUACUGAGAGCCAUGCCGUGGCUACUGGCGUCAACGUGCUGUGCAGCCAUGGAUCUUGCUAUCGUGGUCCUGUCCUGGUGCAGGAAGGGUACUACUGAGCAGCAGCCUGGAAGGGGUUCUCCAGACACAGAGAGUCUCCUGGGCGGCUCCUCUCCCCCCACUCAGCACAACCCCAGUGGGAAGCCCCCCAAAAAACACUCAUUGGACUUGAAUGGAGCUCCUCUCUGUGUUCUCUCCAAUAAGAACAAUUUAAAGUUGGCUGAUAUGGGACAUUACAUGGAUGUCAACAUUCAACCCGUGCGAAAGGUGUGUCUGAAGGAGGUGACUCUCUCUAGGGAGGAGGGUGUGUCAGAGAGCCAUCCCCUCAGGAGGACAGUAAGGGUGGUGAGAGUGGACGACACGUUCUCAGACUCCUCAUCCCUCAGCUCGGAUCUGGAGUGGGAUUUUGAAGACUCAAAUGCACAGUGGAACAAACUGCCAAAAGAGCAAGAGAAAGUAGAUGAGUUUCCCUUGCAAGAAUGGCCAAAGAACCCAAGGCCAAAACCCACCGGAGUCUGCAGCUGUGGCGGCAUCAUUGGACAGGCUGGGAAGAGGGUAUCAAGCAGAGUGGGUGACGGUGAAGUGGCAUGAUAAUUUCAAACACUGGUGAAUGCCUGGUAACACUUCCUCAUUACAUCACAUUGUCAGAUCUGUGUUUGGAUUGUGAAUAUGAAAGAUAAUAAAAGGGCAGAUCAAUUUUUGCAAUCAAA